AUGACUUUGGUCGUGUUAGUCCUCACGCUGUCUGUGCAAGCAGUAAGCGAUAAUGGAUCUAAUAUGAAGGCAGCCAAAGAUAUUUUUCAUGAAAAAUUUGGUUGGGCUAGUGUUGCUUGUGCAGCGCACACUCUCCAACUUUGUUUAAACAAAGGAUUGGGAAUAAACGGCAUAGAAAAACCUCUUGCAGCAGCUCGACGACUAGUGCAACAUUUUAAGAGAAGUGAAUUGGCGACCAGUGCACUGGGGAAAAAGUGUGAGGAAAUGAAGCUUACCUCCAAAAGACUCAUAAUGGAUGUAUCCACAAGGUGGAACAGUACUUACAACAUGCUUGUAAGGUUGCAGGAAUUGCAAUGGCCAAUUUUGGCUAUACUUGGAAAUAAAAAUAUCACAAAUGCCACCAAAGCCUCCUCUCUUACAAUCAAGCCUGGGGACUGGGAGAUUUUCAAGCAGUUGAUUCCAGUACUUGAGCCUUUUGCAGAGGCUACUGAUCUUUUAGGAGGCGAAAAAUAUGUCUCGAUAUCGAUAAAGAAUCCAUACAUCAAGAGAUUGAAAAAACAUCUGUCACGCGAGAAAGAUGAUGAACUUUUGGUAAUCCAGCAGUUCAGACAAAAAGUAAAAGGCGAAAUGGAGGAGCGAUUUCCAAUUGAUCUUAAUGAUAUCAGCUCGAAGGCAAUGGCUCUGGAUCCCAGAUAUAAACUGCGGGGACUUCGUACUGUGGAGUCACUUCAGGUAACUUGUUAUUUCUUCCUGAAUAAGAUUUUUAUCUUGCCAACAAAAUUGCCCUACAUGACAAACAACAUAGCAUGUUAUUUUGGUUGGAAUGAGGUCAAAUUGAAUUUUCGUGUAAAUUCAUUCUUAUUUGAACAAACAGUUGUUGAAAAAGCUGAACCUUCAUCUUCUUCAGUUCAGCAAUCGACAUCUAUCAUAAGCCUUGCCUUCGAAUCAUCAGAGUCCGAUGACAGUGCAGAUACUGAGGUCCCAGUGGUUGCCAAUGAAGUGAACAAAUUUUUUAGUUCCAAAGUACUUUCUGAAUGUUCAAACCCCCUCACUUGGUGGAAAGAGCAAAACGCUAAUUAUCCAAACUUGAGCAAGCUUGUUGGCAAAUAUAUGUGUGUAACAGCAACAUCAACCCCAAGUGAGCGAUUAUUUUCUGCAGCUGGAAACACUGCCACUGAGCUCAGAUCAAGCCUCACCGGAUCACAUGUGGAAGUUCUUGUAUUUUUAAAAUGCAAUUCUGACAUAUGA